UCCGAUACUCCGAUCCGACAGUCCAUAGCUCCACAGCGACUCGACGAGACGCGCUAGUCGACCCGCGCUGCGGCCGAUCGCGAUCACAACCUCACUCAAGCCGCCUGAAUUCCACAAUCUAAAGUGUUUCAAUUAUAUUUUUAGUGCGUAAACUGUGUAUAGUAUUUUUUUUAAUUGCAAACCGUGACAUCGAAUCAGGCGGGCUGACGUUCGGGUGGGGCGCGUUCUGCUGACACAGUGGCUUAGUCAACCGCCGGUCGCCGAGUGGCAAGCACCAUCGAUUUUCUCCAUACGACUGUUCACUAGUGCUCCCAAAAAUGCAUAUUGAAGUGCAAGUCGCCCUAAACUUCGUCAUAUCUUACUUAUACAAUAAGCUGCCAAGACGGCGAGUCAACAUCUUCGGGGAAGAAUUAGAGAAGGCACUCAAGGACAAAUUCAGGGGUCAUUGGUACCCGGACAGACCGUGCCGGGGCUCCGCGUUCAGAUGCCUGAAAACUGGAGGCCCACUGGAUCCAGUGCUUGAAAGAGCGGCGAGGGAGUCGGGAGUGCCCGUACGUGAUGUACUAGAACACCUGCCCCGGGAUCUGGCUGUCUGGGUUGAUCCAGGUGAAGUAUCAUACCGUAUCGGAGAAAAGGGCGCUGUGAAGGUUUUGUUCAGCAGUGACGAGCGUGCUGCCGAUGAAAGAACCGAUCGGGAGGUAACACGCGCGUUCAACCCUGAGGCCCAAUGCUUCAGGCCAGUGGAGCCUGCUGCGGCGCCAUCACCGCCAGCGCCCGCGGCCUUCUCUCCUGCGCCUCCAUUCCGUGCACAGCCGCUCACCUUCACGACAGCUACAUUUGCACAGACGAAGUUCGGCAGCACCAAGCUCAAAACGAGCAGCAAGCGCGCAAACCGCAUGUCUCCCACCGAAUUCAGCAAUUACAUCAAGCAGCGCGCGAUGCAGCAACAGCUGGCGGCGCGGUCCAUGUCGCCGGCCCCGGAAGCGGCGUACCUGUCCCGCCGCGAGCCGGCGCCGGGCAGCGCGCCGCCCUACCCUCCGGCGCCGUCGCACCUGCUGCUCGCCAACUGAGGCGCACACCGCGCGACCCGCUCAUAGAGUCUUUACUUUUUUACGAGAGAGACGCGCGCCGCGAUUUAUUUUUUUAUUUUCCGCGGGGGCGUCCCGCGCCGCCCGCCGCUUGUGAUAUCCGUACGAUUUUCCAUAACUUUUUGUAUUCUCGUUCGUUACGUCGAUGUGUAAAUUUAAUCGAUAGGAGCAAUAAUAAUUAGCCGCGCGACUCGCCGGCGAUUUAUUUUCGUAAUAUUUAAAAGCCGAGUCGUUUUUGAUGUCUUCGUUCGAUAUCGAUAUAUUAGUAGUUUAAGAGAGCCAACAGCCGCACGGCCGAGUGCGUUGACGACGUACCUUCUAGAGCGAGCCUGUAUACAUACGUCCUCCGAUCUAAGAAGUAUUAAUAUUUAAUUAUGUAUACAAUAUAUAUUCGUACGAGAUAAAUAUAUAAUUUUUCACGUGAAAACGAAAAGCCAAUAGAGAAAUUGUGUAUUUUAAUAAAAAAAA